AUGAAAAUGCCGCAGAUUGUCUUUUCUUGGAUCCAUGGGAUUGGGAAGUUAAACUCUCUUCAAAAAUUGGAUGUGUUUUAUGUUAAGAAUGAAGAUGGUUAUAGAAUUGGGGAGCUGGAACAUAUGAACGAACUCCGGCUAUUAAAUAUCAAAUUUCUUGGAAGUGUGAAGGAUGACAAAGAGGCAUGCAAUGCCAAAUUAUGUGAAAAGAGAAACCUAUUGGAAUUGUCUUUAGAUUGGGGUGACACUGAGCUACAAAGUCAAACCCCAUCACACAUUGUAGAUUGCAUCUUGCAUGAACAGGUGCUUGCAAAUCUUCAACCACAUAACAAUCUAAAGAAACUUUGCAUACGUGCAUAUAUGGGUGCAAGGUCUGCAGCAUGGAUGGACAAUGCCAAUUUGAUCUCCAGUCUAAACUUCAUAUAUCUAGAUGAGUGUUUGGAGUGGGAAACUCUUCCGCCUUUUGGGCAGCUUCCAUUCCUCAAGGCAUUGCGUCUUCAGAACAUGCCAAAAGCAAAGCGUUUUAAUCACAAAUUUCAAGGGAAAGCCAAGUAUUGUAUGUUUCCAUCACUGCAGGCGCUAGAUAUUGGUAAAUUAGAUGCAUUAGAGGAUUUUUUUGAUACAUCAGGAGCAGCAGAAGAUGACGGUUUCUUUCCUUGCUUAACGAAGCUUCACCUCAUAGAUUGCCCAAAUUUGCAACAGUUUCCUUUUUUACCUCCUAAGCUCAGAACAUUAACAAUCAAUAACAUUGGGUGGAAAGCUUUGAACUGGAAACAAGGCACUAGCAACUCUUGCAGCAUUUCAAAAAUCGCUCACCUUUCCUCAUUAAACAUCUGUCGCUGUCCAAACCUGACAUCUUUUCCUCUAGCUGAUGAAAUGGUAAGACUUGAAGCACUGAGAAACUUGACAAUUCAAGAUUGCCCCGCACUGAUCUCUCUCAACGGACUGCAAGUUAGCGCUAAGAAUUUCUCUCUUAAAUUGGAGAAUCUUAGUAUAACCGAUCCAUCUGUGUUGCUAUUGGAGCCAUUGAGAAGUAUCACCUCCUUGGAAAAGCUGACAAUUGAAAAUAAUGAUGAGGUGGUUGCAUUUCCGUUUGAGGUGGGACAGUGGUUUCUACAAGUUAGCUCGUCACUUUGUUUGUUGAUUUUAGGAAGGUUCAAAUCCCUGCAGUCUCUCCCUUCUUCCUUGGAAAGCCUCUCUUCACUUAAGACUCUACUUGUGCAUAUGGUUCCUCUACUCCAGGUGUUGCCGAACAUUCCCACCUCUCUGGAAUUCUUAUCGCUUCAAGAACUCGAAUCAUUGCAGUGCCUGCCAUAUUUUUUGUCAACCGUCUCAUCUCUCAAGCAGCUACGUUUAGUUGGAAUUCCGCUCCUCAAAUCAUUGCCAGACCUCCCUACCUCUUUGUUUGAGUUAUAUAUAGAAGAUCUCGUUCAGCUGGAUUGCCUACCUUCUUCCCUUGCAAGCCUAUCUUCUCUCCACAGUCUUGACAUCGUAAAGGUUCCUAAGCUACGAGAAUUACCAGACCUCCCUCACUCCUUGGAAAAUCUGAGAAUACAGAAUUGUCAGCAAGACUUCAUGGAGCGCUAUGAGGAGCCAUCAGGCUCUGAUUGGCACAAGAUUGCACUCAUUCCUAAUGUCCACAUUCUACUAGGUUAGAGUAAGCAUAGGAGUGGUCCGUAUAAUACGCGCCAACAUGACAUUCAAAACCCUUUCCAAUUUUAUGAGUUUUUGUGUAAUUCAUGUAAUACUAAAUCAGUCCCUUCUCAUGGGUAUGUGAGGACUUGUUAUUUAGUUAGAUUCAUGUUCUGUUAUAGUGCUAUGUGGAUGCUUAUUGUAAUAUGCAAUCACUGUUUAAGUGAUUAUUUGGUUGGUUGUUAAUUUUUAAUUACAAUUGU